AUGCCGGCAACGCCUAAGUCAUUUCUCCCCGCCUUCACCGGCUUCAUCGUCUUCGCAUUCUCCUACACAUUCGUGGUCGCCUCGAGAGAAGGCGCCACCAUAGACAUGGCACGCACGCGGUGGCAGAACCAGCACGCGAGCGCGCGGAAUGUGCUAAGUGGCGGUGUUACGGCGUUGGAAGCGCUUGAGGAAAAUAUCACGAGAGCGUAG